AUGUAGUAGAAGAAACCCCACAACACGACAUUCGUUAAAUGUCUCUCAUACUUUUCCCUUUAUAUAAUUGUUUUGCAAUAAGUUUUUGAUGUAAUAUGUUUAAAAAUUCCCACCACAUAUCAAAUACUGCAGCGAUAGCUCCUCUCACAAACACACAAACAGAGUCAAAAGCAGUGACUCUGUUCCAAAAGCAAAGCAGCUUCCCAAGAAGAUCAAAUCCGAAAAUGUGCGAUCCACCUUAAUCCCUUUUUAUUAUUAUUAUUAUUGUUAUUACAUCACUUCCUAUAAUUCCGGUAAAAGUUUUAUUUCCCAUAAACUUCCAAAAAUAGUUGGUUCCUUUUUAUUGAAGUUAUCUCUUCAAAUAAUUUUAUUGGUUCUUCUGUCUUAUGAACAAGAACAGAGGAGCUCUGUCUUGUUUCCUCUUAUUUACGUACUACCAAUCCUCAUACACACACAUGUGUCUUUGGUUUCAUCUCCGAAAAGUGAUAAUCUGUUUUAUUUGAUUUGACUUUUGAGAGAACAGAGCAUAUAUAAAGAAACAGAGCAGCUCUGUUUUUUUUUUUUGUGUUGCAGUUUGUAGAAUCAUGGAGAGGUACGAAAUAGUGAAGGAUAUUGGGUCUGGUAACUUCGGAGUAGCAAAGCUUGUUCGUGACAAAUUUUCCAAAGAGCUUUUCGCUGUUAAGUUCAUCGAGCGAGGCCAAAAGAUUGAUGAACAUGUACAAAGAGAAAUCAUGAACCAUAGGUCGCUGAUCCAUCCCAAUAUAAUAAGAUUCAAGGAGGUUUUAUUGACGGCAACACAUUUGGCGUUAGUAAUGGAAUACGCCGCCGGAGGAGAACUGUUCGGAAGAAUCUGCAGCGCCGGAAGAUUCAGUGAAGACGAGGCAAGGUUUUUCUUUCAGCAGCUUAUAUCAGGAGUUAAUUACUGUCACAGUCUUCAAAUAUGCCAUAGAGAUUUAAAGCUAGAGAACACGUUACUUGAUGGAAGCGAAGCGCCACGUGUAAAGAUUUGCGACUUUGGAUAUUCAAAAUCAGGAGUUCUUCAUUCGCAACCAAAGACAACAGUAGGAACACCUGCUUACAUUGCACCUGAAGUGCUCUCCACGAAAGAGUAUGACGGCAAAAUCGCUGAUGUUUGGUCUUGUGGAGUCACUUUGUAUGUUAUGCUUGUUGGUGCUUAUCCUUUUGAAGAUCCUUCUGAUCCUAAAGAUUUUCGGAAGACGAUCGGUCGGAUUCUCAAAGCUCAGUAUGCUAUUCCUGAUUAUGUUCGAGUUUCGGAUGAAUGCAGACAUCUUCUCUCUCGGAUAUUCGUUGCCAACCCUGAAAAGAGAAUAACAAUAGAGGAGAUAAAGAAUCAUUCUUGGUUUCUCAAGAACUUGCCGGUAGAGAUGUAUGAAGGAUCAUUGAUGAUGAAUGGUCCAUCGACUCAGACAGUAGAAGAGAUAGUGUGGAUCAUUGAAGAAGCUCGGAAACCUAUCACCGUAGCUACUGGACUCGCAGGUGCUGGUGGCUCUGGUGGAAGCAGUAAUGGUGCCAUUGGAAGUAGCAGUAUGGAUCUCGAUGACUUGGACACAGAUUUCGACGACAUCGAUACCGCUGAUCUCCUUUCCCCUUUGUGAACAAUUGUAUCAAAAACCAAAGAUUUCAUGUUUCUGAAGCCUGCUGAUACUACUACACAUUGAUGAUACACAGACGUGAAUAUAAUUGUUCACUAAAAUGUAUAAUUAGAGUGUGAAAACAUUUGUCUUUGAUUACAAAAAUGUUCUGUUAGACAUUUUUAUACAUAUGCAUGGAAGAUGUAUAUAUAAACAGAAACAUAAUAUCUAGUCACGUUAUAUAACUUCUGAAUGAAUGAUAGUUCUGUGUGUCAA